GCGGCUACAAUUCCAAAUGUCUUGCACGAAGCGAUUGAAGGCAGGGUGUUGAUCGCUAUUCAAGACGUUUUGGGCUCACCGUAUGUACAGUACUACACGACAAGAAGCAAGAACCGCCUGCGACAAGGCCAGCGUGCCGCCAUGGCGGGCGACUUUGAACUGCUCUUCGCCAUCGACGUAUUCAAGGCACACAUUACGUCGCUCUGCGCCAGUGGACGCCCGCCUCAACGCGGAGUUCCUCUGACUGUCACGACUGUCUCCACGUACGAACUCGUCCGCACACGGUCGUAUCCGUCGUCGCAUUCGCUAGGUCAGCACAUGUCGACCGUUCUCAUGGAAGACAUGGCGUUGCGAGAGUUCGUAGCCGACAUCCGAGUCAACGGCAAAGGCAUGCUGACCUUCACAAGCCACGAGCACAUGACGUGGCACGCUGUCCGUGGCCGGCUGCCAUGUUCGCAAUGCGGGCGGUUCUUCAACGGCCCCAAAGGCAUCCGCGUACAUCAGAUGCUAAAUCAUAACAUCAGCUUUGCGUCAGCCCAAGGCGAGGCGUUGGCAACUGACUGGCAACUGGUCGUGUACACUGCCCCGCCACUACUACUUGCAGCAGCUACCAGUCACACCCCUUCAACCACCACCACCACCUCACCAGCAGCGACUCCUCAACCAGCCCAGCCACGAGCUUCCCUAGCUGUUCCAGCUCCUAUGGCAAAGGUGUCCAAUCCUGGUAUCCUAGCCGCUCAAGCUGGACAUACUUCGGUGUUAAUCGCACUGGUGGAAUCUGGCACUUGGGACCCCAAGAGCGAAGACUACAACGGAUGUAACGCCCUUGUGUGGGCUGCCGGUGCAGGGCAUGUGGCUAUAUGUCAGUAUUUAGUGACAUCAUGUGCUGUGGAUGCCCAUGUCUUGCAAGGCAAACGAGAUAUGCGGCGCAGUCCGUUGCACUGGGCAGCUCGAAAUGGCCAUAUCAACGUGUGCAAGUACUUGGUCCUGGAGCUCCACGUGGCAGUUGAUAGCCCCACCCACGACGGCACAACGGCAUUUCAUUAUGCUGUCUGGAACAACCAACUAAGCACUUGUGAUUGGCUAGCGUCGGUGGGCCAGUGUAAUGUGCACGCAGUCAACUCGUACGGGUGCAACGCGUCUCAGUGGGCCUGUAUGACGGGAAGCGUGGAUAUGCUAAAGUUCUUGCACUGCCACCAGCUAGACUUUGCCCUGAUCAACCGAAAUGGACACAGUGCACUGCACAAAGCUGCUAUCAAAGGCCACCUGGAGGCUUGUCGCUGGCUGCUAAAUGUGGCAGGGCUCGGGUGGAACCAUAUGCAGAAAGAUGAAGACGGGUUCACGCCCCAACGAUUUGCGAUGGAAAAUGGACAUGUGGAGCUCGGAGCGUACUUGGCUCAAGCAGAAGCCAGCCUGCGUACCAUAACAGCAUAGUAAGAGGUCGUAGACGGAGGAGCAUUCAUAUUGGACAGAGAUCAAGCAUGUACGUACAGUGUGCUACCGGUAGUAGUAGUACUGUACUGUAAAGAAUUGCUCGUACAACGUAG